AUGGAGGAGCUGCCGGGGUGCCCGCUCUUUUACAAACUCCCGGACGUCGCCUCGUACGUCCGGGCGCGUUGUCCGCCGACGCCGGUCUUCGUGGCGGCCCUGGCGAGGCUGGGCUUCCACUGCAGUCAAGUCCACUGCGAGGCGUCGGGGAUUAAAACGGACUGCCCCCCGCCGGUUCUUUUUGCCGUGAUGCUUCGAUGGAAGCAGCUCGCCGACGAGCUCGAGCCCGGCCCCGAAGGCCAGGACGCGGCGGCGAAGAGGCGCCCAUCAGGCGGAAAUGGCUUGGAUAGGGGGGCUUUUCGGAUUCAGGUCUCGCCCUUAAUGGAGGCCGACUUUGGGUACGACCGUCAGUACGAUUUUCGACGACAGGUGACGGGUAUCGCGAAGUUUAUCCCCAAUCUUCCUGGUUGGGGACCCAAGCGCCGGCACCAAGGCCUUGGGCCCACCACCAACGACGAAGCCUGA